UGACUUAUAUAUGCAUAGGUUAGAUAGAAUAAGAAGAUGCUGAGUUUCACCAAUUUAGCUGCUCUUUUCUUUCUUGUUCUUGCUUUGUUCUUGUUCUAUAGAUACCCAUCUUUUUCUCUUAUGGCUGAAGGAUCACCAAAAUCUAUUUAUGAUUUCACUGUGAAGGAUAUACAGGGAAAUGAGGUACCUUUGAGCAAUUAUAGGGGAAAGGUUCUCCUUAUUGUCAAUGUUGCAUCAAAAUGUGGUUUAACAGAUUCAAACUACAAGGAGCUGAAUAUUUUGUAUGAGAAGUACAAAGAUCAAGGUUUUGAAAUUUUAGCAUUUCCUUGUAACCAGUUCCUGUGGCAAGAACCCGGAACAAAUGAGGAGAUUCAGCAAACUGUAUGCACCAGGUUCAAAGCUGAAUUCCCUGUAUUUGAAAAGAUUGAUGUGAACGGGGAUAAUGCUGCACCACUUUACAAGUUCUUGAAAUCAGAAAAAGGCGGUUUCCUUGGAAGUGCUGUCAAGUGGAACUUCACCAAAUUCCUUGUGGACAAAGAAGGAAAGGUUGUGGAACGAUAUGCACCCAAGACACCACCUCUUCAGUUUGAGAAAGACAUAAAAAAUCUGUUGGGUGUGGCUUGAGCACUACAGGUGUGAAAGUUCAGCAUAUGUAUUGACCUUCAGUUGGAAGUGCUUUCAUGGUUCUAUCUUUUUCCUUCUUCCCUGCCUACGAAACAAGCGAGCUUGUACCCCACCCCCUUAGUUUUUCCUUGUUGAUGUACUUUGGUUGUGUAAACUCGUUCAUUGCCAUGAAUUUGUAAUAAAAGUUGCAUAGUAGUUGUUUUAAUGACUCGGGACUGUAGUUGCUCGAUAUACAAGUAUGUUAUCGCCUUAAUAAUAAGAAAUAAGUUGUGUGCAGGAUGUCUUGCGUAGGUAAACUGAUUAUUGUUGGUGCUAUGAACGAUGAUAUUCGUUGUUCUACGAAAUAUGAUGACUCUCAUUGCUCUAGAAAUGAGGUUGAGUUUUUUGCUG